CGGGGCAUCACUCCUCUGCGAUGGCUCCAGGAGUAAGGACCGUUGUGGCAGCCGUGUGCAUGGUGGCGGCGUGCGUGGAGGCAGCCCGACUACCCUCCUACCCCUCCUUCGCGGCGCCCCCCUCCUACUCGCGCCCCGCCCCCCGCGCCCAGCCGGACUACCCCACCGUUCCUCCCAAGUACUCAUACAACUACGGCGUGGCUGACCACUACUCCGGCGCCAACUUCGGCCACUCCGAAAGCCGCAACGGGUACAAGACCGAGGGCAGCUACACCGUGGACCUCCCCGACGGCCGCACGCAGAUCGUCACCUACGUGGACAAAGGGGACGGCUUAGAGGCUGAGGUCACUUACGAGGGAGAGGCGCAGUACCCGCAAUACAAACCUCAACCCAAGUACAAGCCUGAGCCCAAGUACAAGCCCGCCCCCGUGUACCGGCCCGCCGCUUCGUACCCCAAGACGCCCGUGUAUUAUACCUGAGUGCAUUCCGUGACUUGUUUCGCCCCAGCCAUCCACCCACUGCACUUGUACCCCGUCUGAGCGGUUCACCCCUCCCGCCCCGUCCCAGCACAGACCUUACCUGCCCCAAACAUCACCCACUACGCCUGUCUCUUCUUUCCCGCCCCGCCCCGCCCCGCCCCAACACAGACACUUCCUGCCCCAGUCAUUCACCACAUGCCCCCCCUCCUGCCCAUCCCCAAACAGCCCUUCCCCACCUCAGCCAUCCAUCCACCGCCCCUGUCCCCCAUCUGAGCCCAUCUCUUCCCAACACUGCCUACCCCCUACACUGUCUCUUUGCUCAUAGUCAUCAGGGAUACUUUCAGCAUACAAACGACACACGGGCCGCCAGGAAACAUACACACACGAUGAGCCAUUGCAGACUUCGAAUGGAUGAUAACGUUAUGCUUACUCUCGACACUCGGCCCCGUGCAUGGACUGUGGUGCAUCAGGCUGGGUAAUAAACUUCUUUAGGUAAUGACUUUGUAUUUUUUCCCUAUUAUUUGUUACGCUCACAUACAAAAAAAGCCCACAUUAUUAUGAUUUAUAUAUGUGUGUGUGUGUGUGUGUGUGUGUGUGUGUGUGUGUGUGUGUGUGUGUGUGUGUGUGUGUGUGU